CCAGAAAUCUCCCUUCUCUAGCUUUGAUUGCCUUGGGUUUAUGUUAAUUGCUCUUAUUCCUUGAAUUUUGGGUUAAAGCCGUGAGCUUUCUUCUUCCAUGCCGCCAGCAACUUCCCCAACCUGCAGUCCGGUUUCUUUGCUUGCAAAUUCUGGUAUGUGGUAGCUCUUUAAGCCUAAGUUUAGCCAUUUAUGUGCUGCCUCUGUUGUCUGUGAAUUGCUGGAAAAAUGGGGGAUAAUUCCGGUAGCUUUAGGAUGAAGUUUAAGCAUUGAUUCAAGUGGGAUUUAUGUGUUUUGAGUGUUAAUUGACUGCUGUGUGAUUUUUGGAGAAAAUCUCAUGAAUUUAGCUAGUGUUUUGGCUAAUUUUUGGAAGUGGCAGUACUGUUCACGGCGUGAGUACUGUUCACGGGUACUGUUCAUAGGCACUGUUCACACACCGAGGGUUAAUGAUUAACGGGGAUUUAAAGGUUUAGUUUGUGAUAUAGGAAUGAAUUUGGAGAUGUCCGGUUAUAUGGAGAUUGAUAGAAAUAGCAUUUUGAAUUUGUGAUAGUCCGGUAUUAAUUCUGAGGUGUUUUGAUUAGGUUCCUGAUUGUUCUGUCAGUUAGCACUGAGAUUGAGUGCUCGGCUUGAUGCGAAUGAGGAAGCGAAACUGAGGACGGGGAAACCGAGGGGAGUGACGAGGUAGAAGGCUAGUCACCUGGAAUUUGAUAUAGAUUUUAGAUACAGAUUAUGAUUCUGUAAGCUAGAGUGUAUUUGGAGAUUUUAUGAUAUCAGAGCAGAUUGUAAAAAAAUUUUAUCUUGAGAUUUGGUGGUAUCAGAUUGUGAAUUGGAUAAGUUCCGAGCCUUGUGCAUUUGUGGGACCCUCUCACGAGUGCACGGCGUCUGUCGUGUCUCCGGAUUUGGGUUCUGGGGCGUGACAUAGUGAGUGAGAUGAGUUGUUGAAACCAUCUGGAUAUGAUUAAGAGCAUGACAAAUAAUGUAAAAAUUUGAUA